AUGCACCUCCGCAAAAUCCCCUACUCCCUCGUCUUAACCGACACCGCCGCCAUAGCCGCCAACACCGACUCCUCUAACCCAUCAUCCCGCUCCCAACGCUUCAGCACCGCCCACCACCACCUCUCAGAAAUAAUCCCCGUCGUCCCCUCAAACCCACAUUUCACGCACGAAACACCACCCUGGACACCCUACGGCUACACACUCUGGCACCCCUUAAUCGCCUCCUCCCAAAACCUGUCCGAAUACCACGAAAUACUCCUCCCUAGUUUCCUCUACGAAGACCUACUACGCUGCCACAGCGCGUGGGUAUCGACAUCCCGCAUCCCCACCUCCCUCCUCAACGACGUCGUCGAAACACUGCUCUGCACUAAAUCAGGCAAGAAACUCGCUGGUCUCUUAGAUGGAAAGCGGCAAUGGUUCAUCCGCCUUGAUCAGAUGUCGCCCAAAGACUCGCUCAUGGGAGGCAAGCUUCCUAGCUCGACCUGCGAAGACGUCAUCACAAAGAUCUGUUCUAGUAUGCGCGCGUACGGCUGUCUGACACGCGAGUUUGAAGACGCGAGGAAGGACGGGAGGGAGAUGGAGAUUAAACUCGUGUUGAAUCCGUGGGAUGAGGGUAUGGAUGCCGGAAAGGAGUUUCGUGUGUUCGUUCCGCCGCCGGCUGCGAAGACCGGACGAGAGGUAACCACGGCGGAGUUUGAGAUUAGUGCGAUCAGUCAAUAUAGGUGGCCGAUGGGGUUUGAAGCGCCGUGGGGGUUCAACUUGGAGCGAACUGUUGAGCUGGUUGAUGUGGGGGCGAAGAAGGUGUUGGAGGAUAUUGUGACGUACGCAGAGAAAGAGUUGAGUGAGGAGAUCACGGGAUUGCUGCUGAGGUAUGGGUUUAGUUAUGAUGUUGCGCUACAGCAAGAUGGGAGUGUGCAGUUGGUGGAGAUCAAUCCUUUUGGCGCGCUGUCCGGGUGUGGAGCUUGUUUGUUCAAUUGGGUUUUGGAUGGAAAGGUGCUGUAUGGGUUGGAGGAGCCGGAGUUCACUGUGACGGUGGAGGAAGAAGGAUAG